UAGAGGACCAAACUUGGGAAUACGAGUUUACUCUUUCCGCAGAUUUUUAUGUGAGUUCUCAUUUGUCGGAGGAUAAUCCUGGACGUUGGGGUGGGGCAUUGUGGAGCGCCGCCCAACAUUAUGUCUGCGCCGCCCUGCGUUUACGCAUCAUACGACACAAGGCGAUAGAGCGUAGUGGAUAUCCAAAUUUUUUUCAAAUCUACAAUGAUUUCUAAAUAAUAUUUCAAAAUGUGGUAAAUAUAAUGAGUAUUCUGAGGUUUGUGAAAUAUUUUUUGUGCAAUAAUAAAAAUUAUAUAAAAUGCCAAGAAAACGUGUGAACAGAUCGCCGCCGGUGGACAAACGUGCUGACGAUGCGGAUGAUGAUGAUUUUUUUUUCGAUGAUACGCAAUCAAAUUCAGGCCGAGGUACACAUGAGCCACAACAUAGGAAUGCAGCAAAUGCACGGGAAAGAGCCAGAAUGCGAGUGUUGUCUAAAGCUUUCUGCAGGCUAAAGACAACGCUGCCUUGGGUGCCAGCGGACACGAAAUUAUCGAAGUUAGAUACCUUGCGCUUGGCUGCAUCAUACAUUGCACACCUUCGGGCCCUUCUUCAUGAGCCCCGGUCUGCUCAUACACCGCCACAUCCACUUAGUUUGGCGUGGCCCUUCGCUUUCCAACACGGCGGCAGUCUCAGCUGUUCCGUAUCACAAAGAUGGAACGUAAACGCACAAGCAAACGAAAAUGCAAACAAUCGCAAUAACAUACCACAAAGAGAUAUUCAAAAUGAAGGUUCCAUUGAAAAUUACGGUCAGGAAUAUUGUGAUAAUGAUUACGACGACCGAUGCUACGAAGACUUGACGAACGAAUCAUGCACGCCGUUGCAAUAUUGCGAGUAUGGAUACAAGGAUAAUUAUUAUGAAAUGAGAAAUUAUACUACCGAAAACCUUAUAAAUAAUGUAUAAAUUGAUACUAGAAUAUAUUAUUGGUAUAUUAACUUCGAUUGUUAUCACAGAUCAGUAUGUCAGGGUCAAGAUUCCACUGGUAGCGGUCCAACGAUAGCCGAGUACACUGAGAUAAAAUCCUUAUAGACCGAGUAUAUCAAUCGGUUUCCCUUAUACAAAAUAAGAGAGUAAUGCGUGAAGAAAUCAUUAUUAUAUAUUUUAAAAUAAAACAGGAAGUAAAUACAUACUAAUAUUAUAAAUGUGAAAGUAUGUAGGUCUUAUGGUCCUAUCCUCUCUAUGUUUCUUAUCUUUUUACGACUAAACGCCGUAGCGGAUAUUAAUGAAAUUCAAUGUGAAGAUAGGCUAACUUUUUUUUUUCUUAAAAACAAUCUUCAAUUCAAACAAACAAUCAAGGGCUAGAAGAAUGUAUAGACAAAAUCACGGGUUCCAGUUAAUAAGGUUAUUGAGAGUCCAUGCAUAUUAUGAUAAACUGAAAAGUAUAUUCCGUGUCUAUUCACGGACACACACACUAUUGUUGUACAUGCAAAGAAAUUAG